GCUCCUCCCAUGCUGAGCUGGAGCAUGAAGAGUCUGCUGCUUUACACUAAACUGCGAAUCAGACAGAAAAGCAAAUAGGAAAAGUACUUAUAAUACUUUAAAUAACUGCUUAUUGUUGUUUUUUCACACCAUGGUGAAACAGCGACGCAUCAGAGCGCACUCCUGUUGCACAGCUGUUGCACCGUUUUGUUGCAGCAGAGGACCACUGCAGACUCUGACAGAACCUGCCAUCUUUGCCAGAGAGACCAGCUGUGAAUGUCGCGCCCCUCACGAGAAACUCACCAUCGCUCAGGCUCGCAGAGGCACUCCAGUGGACCGACCCGUCAGAGUCUACGCAGAUGGCAUCUUUGACCUGUUCCACUCCGGCCACGCUCGUGCUCUCAUGCAGGCCAAGAACCUCUUCCCCAACACCUACCUCAUAGUAGGAGUGUGCAGUGAUGAGCUGACCCAUAAAUACAAAGGUUUCACAGUCAUGACGGAGACUGAACGUUAUGAAGCACUACGACACUGCCGCUAUGUCGACGAGAUUCUGAGAGACGCACCCUGGACUCUGACGCCGGAGUUCCUGGAGACACACAAAAUCGAUUUUGUGGCUCACGAUGAUAUCCCAUACUCCUCAGCAGGAAGUGAGGAUGUCUAUAAACACAUCAAGGAGGCAGGGAUGUUUGUGCCCACACAGCGGACGGAAGGAAUCUCAACAUCCGACUUAAUUACUAGAAUUGUCAGAGACUAUGACGUCUACGCUCGACGCAACCUCCAACGUGGCUACACGGCCAAGGAGCUGAACGUCAGCUACAUCAACGAGAAGAAGUACCGGCUGCAGAACCAGGUGGACCGCAUGAAGGAGAAGGUUCGCACGGUGGAGGAGAAGAGUAAACAUUUUGUUUACCGCGUGGAGGAAAAGAGCGCUGACCUCAUUCAGAAAUGGGAGGAGAAAUCCAGAGAGUUUAUCGGCAACUUUUUAGAGCUGUUUGGACCUGACGGCACCUGGAAACAGGUGUUUCAGGAGCGCAGUGGAAGGAUGCUCUCCUACGCUCUCUCCCCCCGAGAGUCGCCCUGCAACAGUCCUCCCCGCGAACUCUCCCCCCUGCGCUCCCCUUCACCCCCGUCUCCCCCCGCUCGCUGGCACAAUGCACGGCCCUCGCCCCCGACCUCCCCCAAAGGAGCCUCUGCCUCUAUGAGCAGCAUGAGUGAAGGUGACGAAGAUGAGAAGUAGACAGACUCUUGGACUCACACAUCUACACACACAUCUACACACACACACACACACACACACAUCUACACACACUUCACUCACUGCCUGAGAUCUGCUCACACACACACAAACACACAAAUACUCCUUUAAAAAUUACGUAAACACUGAAACAGUUUUCCACAGAGUCUCAGAAAGACUCAAGACUCAGCUGCUAAACGCAAGGGAGAGGAGGAUCAUGGGAAAUGAAGUUCUGUGCCGCAGAGCUAAGAAGCCAUCACUGUCUCUGUUUUCUGGACAGAAGAACGACAAAGAAAGAGGAAAACACAUGUGGGUACACAGUGUCACAUAUCAUUAGACUUCCCAGAAUGCUUUGCAGCAUUAUCAGGAGGAUUUUCUCUUGGACUGUCCAGCACUGACAGAGACUGUCCUACAGCCUGCUCGUGUCAUCCUUCUGUGUUCGUCCUCUUCUUCUUAUUUGCCAGGUUGUUUUUAUCCACCGUGUCCACUCCGUGUACAAAGACACAAAGUCACACAAAAACAUGCGACAGCCGGUUCAUCACGUGAAUGAGCAGGAAGUGGACUCGCUUAUCUUGUGCUUGUUGAACCCAGAGCUGGACAUGACAGAAAAGACACUGCUCACACUCGUUUAACUGAGAUGAAUUGUUGUGCAACCUCUUGGCACUGGAUCACGUUGUUAGCGCAGUUUUAGCCAAAAUGAUUGACAAGAAAUAUAAAAAGCAGUGAACCACAGUCUUUGAUCCACUGGUUCCCCUGCUACAGUUCUCAUCAUGUAACCACUAAAACGGAUUAAAACUAAUCCCCAAGAAAACUAUGAAAUUAAAAAAUACCUGGGGAGACAUCAGGGGGAGUAGGACCAUUAGGUUUUUGGCUUCAUUGAAUCUGUGACAUGCCUGUUGGAUAGCUCCAAAAACUUGAUUGUGAUUAUUAGCUUCUUGAAUGUAAACUGAGUCUUUAAGGACCGCCCUGAUUUCUGGUUAAAUGCCACACAAGAACACAGAUCCUUCACCUUUCAGUAGGCCACACAAAUAUCACACCUCACUGUGGGUUUCCAUCACAAAGCCAUGUCAUCUUCGACACGUGUUCAUGUUUUAUCGAUCCAUGUGGAGUCAAAUCUCUCGCUCUCUGGACUAUGAUGUCAGCUGUUAUCAAACCCGACAAACUUGGAGAUCAAGCCUUCCUCUAGGACUCUCAUGAUACUUGAAAUACUAAAUAAUACGCUAGCUGAUGCCCUUCAGAUGUACUGUCAGGUCCUCAUAAGCUGGAACAUCUCUAUCAUGUUUUAUUUGCUGUUGUUGGAAAUGUAUGUAAGAAUAACUUGAGUUCUCAGGCUGCAGCAGGCCUCUCUUCCACCCUAACAAUACAAUAAAACCCCAAUGCAAUGUAGAGACCUUAA